AUGCAUCGCGAGACAGAGCUGACGAGGGAGAAGACCCAAGAUGAACACCACACAGUCGCCCCAGAUGUCGACCUUGAUGCCCAAUCCACACAGUCCGACACCGACAGUGAAGACCGCCGGUCAUCAUCACAGGAUGAUGUCGUCCUCGUGAAUUUCCAGCCAGGUGAACCGGCCGACCCUCACAAUUGGUCAUGGGCCAAGAAAUUCUACGUCCCUUUCGUUGGGACUCUACUAUCGAUCAACUCAACCAUGGGCUCGUCCACGCCCUCGAAUGAGCUUCCUGCUCUGCAGGAGGUCUUCCACUUCCCCGAUGGGCCGCAGACUACACUCCCGGCCACGACAUACCUAAUUGGCUUCGUCCUGGGACCGCUCGUCUUUGCUCCGCUGAGUGAACAGUACGGCCGCAGACCCAUUCUCAUCUCCACGCUAUGCCUUUACACGAUCUUUACGAUGGCCACCGCCCUGUCUCCUAACUGGGCUGCCUUCCUGAUCUUCAGGUUCCUGAGCGGCACCUUUGCCUCACCGCCAAUGAGUGUGACUGGAGGAUCGAUCGCCGAUGUCUUUGAUGAGAAGGUCGUUAGGGGCAGGGCCAACAUGCUCUGGUCCUCGGCCACGCUGCUGGGGCCCCUUGCCGGGCCAGUAAUAGCAGGAUAUACGUACCGCUACUCCUGGCGAUGGGUCUUUUGGGCGUGCAUGAUUUUCUCGGGGGUAUGCCUCGUCGCCCUCCUCUUUCAGCCGGAAACGCUCGCCACCAAGAUCCUCCGGGACCGAGCCGCGAAGCUGAAUAAGGAAAAAGGAGGCGGGAGGUACAUCGCGCCCGCAGACGUAGACAAGCUCGGCCUGCUGGCCACGCUGAAGAUCACCACCACGAGACCGCUGUACCUCCUUUGCACCGAAAUGCUCGUCGCGCUGACGUGCGUGUACAUGGCGUUCGUCUAUGCGGUGUUCUACAUGCUCCUCGCAAUUUUCCCCGCCAUCUUCCAGGGUAUCUACGGUUUCUCUGCAGGCGAGUCUGGAUGCGCCUUCGUGAUGAUGUUCGCCGGGUCGCUCCUUUCGAACGUGCUCGGCUACUUCUACGACAUUUACGCCCAGAAGCUCGUCCGCAGGCAUCCUAACAAGCAUGCCGAGUACCUGCGCCUGCCCCUGGCGUGCAUCGGCGGCCCAGCGUUUGUCGUUGCGCUGUUUUGGCUCGGGUGGACAUCCCGACAAUCGAUCCACUGGGUCGUGCCGCUCCUGUCCAUGAUCCCCUACGGCUUUGCCUACCAGUGCAUUUUUAUGGCCAUGAUCAACUACAUCGCAGAUGCAUAUGGUAUCUUUGCUUCGUCAGCCCUGGCCGCUUUAGCUGCGUGCCGGAGUGUUGCAGGUGCCAUCAUUCCCCUGGCCGUCGACAACAUGAUCGACACGCUGGGAAUCGGCUGGUCGUGCAGCGUGCUGGCCCUGAUCAGCUGUGCGCUGAGUCUUGUCCCGUUUGGGUUUAUCAUUUGGGGCGAGAGAAUUCGUGGUGCGAGUAACUUCAGCAAGAAGCUGCAGAAUGCGCCGCAUCCUGAGCUGGAGUUGACGAGGAGCGUAUCGAUUGUUUGA